AUGCUUCUCCCACGCCUCUUUGGCCUGGCUGCCCUUUCACUGGCAAGCCUGGGAGCUGCCGUCAAGCUCACUGGCUAUGAAUAUGUCAUUGUGGGAUCUGGAGCUGGUGGCGGCCCAUUGGCUGCUCGCCUUGCUCUCGCUGGCCACAAGACUCUAUUGAUCGAGGCUGGAGAUGACCAGGGCAAUAGCAACAACUAUACCGUCCCAGCAUACUCCGCCAAGGCUUCCGAGGAUCCAGCUAUCGCUUGGAAUUACUUUGUGCGUCAUUAUACAAACGAUACCCGCCAGGCACUCGACUACAAGACUACCUAUGAUACUCCCGAUGGCGGCGAAUACGUUGGUCUCGACCCGCCCGCGGGUUCAACAAUGAAGGGAAUCCUAUACCCGCGUACUGGGACGCUCGGUGGAUGCACAGCCCACAACGCCCUAGUCACCGUGUACCCAUUCGAAUCUGACUUCGACUACAUCUCUACACUGACAGGCGAUGGAUCUUGGGCCCCGGAUAACAUGCGCAAGUACUUCAAGAAGAUGGAGAACAACAACUACCUCCUCCCCCUCCUCCCAGGCCACGGAUAUGACGGUUGGCUGCACGAUCAAACCGCACCACUUAGCAUCGUCCUCGAAGAUCCACUGCUCCUAGACAUGCUACUCGGUGGCGCCUUCGCGCUAGGCAAUAUCACCGACACCAUCUUCAACGUCGCUACUCUACUAGCCGCCGACGCCAACGCCGACUCUCGAACCCGUGACACAGAAAACGGAUACUACCAGGUCCCAAUCGCCACCCACAACGCAAAGCGCAAUGGUCCACGCGAGUUCCUCGUCGCUGUCCGAGACGCCAAGAACACCGACGGCUCAAAGAAGUACCCCCUCGACAUUCGCACAAACUGCCAAGCUACAAAAAUCACCUUUGAUAACUCUACCGGUACACCGCGAGCCAGCGGCGUCGAGUUCCUCGAUGGCAAGUACCUCUUCCGCGCAAGCCCACGCUCCGGCACAGCUGCGAAGGGCACACCGGGUAAUGUCACCGCAUCGCGUGAAGUAAUCGUUGCAGGUGGCGUGUACAACUCGCCUCAGCUCCUCAAGCUAAGCGGUAUCGGACCCGCAGACGAACUCCAGCAGUUCGGUAUUGAUGUCGUCGUCGAUCUACCUGGUGUCGGUACGAAUUUGCAAGAUCACUACGAGACCUCUGUGCAGGGACAGGUCCCGCACAAUUUCACUGCGCUGGACGGGUGUACCUUCAGCGACGAUGCCGAAGAAGACCCGUGUCUCGAGCGGUGGAAUAAUCCCAUCCUCGGAAAUAGGGGUAUCUAUUCCUCGAAUGGAUUUGCUAGUACGAUGCUGUAUAAGAGCUCUGCGGCCGUGGACAAUGACUUCGAUGCAUUCGUCUUCGGUGGCCCGAUUAAUUUCCGUGGUUACUUCCCCGGGUAUAGUUAUAAUAUCACUGAGCACCAUGAUUGGUGGUCGUGGGCGAUUCUCAAGGCUCACCCGCGGAACACUGCUGGCUCGGUGAAGCUUCGUUCGGCUGAUCCACUUGAUAUGCCGGAGAUUGUGUUUAAUUACUUUGACUCUGGCAGUGGCGACUAUGAGGCAGAUUUGACUGCCAUGACUGAGGCUAUUGGAGUUGCGCGGGAUGCGUUCAAACGUCAGCUUGUUGAUGUUGAUGAGAUUCUGCCUGGAAAAGAAAUUACCUCCACUGAGGAGAUCCAUGAUUACAUUAUGGAGACUGCUUGGGGACAUCAUGCUUCGUGUACUUGCCCUAUUGGUACGGAUGAGGAUCCUAUGGCUGUUUUGGACUCCAAGUUCCGCGUUCGUGGUGUUAGUGGGCUGCGAGUUGUUGACGCCUCUGUGUAUCCUCGUAUCCCUGGAACUUUCACAGCUGUGUCGACGUACAUGGUCUCGGAGAAGGCGGCGGAGGAUAUUCUAAACGAACUCAACUAA